AUAACAGCCGAUUCCUCUCUCUGCGCUCGCGACUCUGACACAUCACUCAUUUAGCGUUGUUUUGGUUUUGACCUAUCCUACUUACAGGCGCAUUUCUCUCAAACAAGAACAUGGAAACCGCUAAUCAGAUCAUGUCACUUGGGACAUUCCAAGUGCUUAAAUUACCUUUGGGAUUUAUCCGCGUUCUGGAAUGGCUUUUUGCCAUUUUUGCAUUUGCAACAUGUGGAGGCUACUCUGGGCAACUGCGGGUUAGUGUGGACUGCAUCAACAAGUCAGACAGCAACCUCAGUAUUGGCAUCAACUUUGCUUACCCAUUCAGGUUGAACCGGGUGGAAUUUGAUGUACCAAAGUGUGAGGGAAGGAGACAAGAGCGACUUUACCUGAUUGGAGACUUUUCCUCCUCUGCCGAGUUCUUUGUCACCAUUGCUGUCUUUUCCUUCCUGUACUCCCUGCUGGCUACUGUGGUCUACAUCUUUUUCCAGAACAAAUACCGUGAAAACAACCGUGGCCCUCUCAUUGACUUCAUAGUGACGGUGGUGUUCUCAUUUAUGUGGCUAGUAAGUUCAUCUGCCUGGGCAAAAGGUCUUUCAGAUGUAAAGGCGUCGACUGAUCCAGAUGAGGUGGUUCUGCUCAUGUCUGCAUGUAAGGUGCAGACCAACAAAUGCAGCUCAGUGUACGGACCCAGAUGGUCUGGCCUGAACACAUCUGUGGUAUUUGGUUAUUUGAACUUCGUGCUGUGGGCUGGAAACAUCUGGUUUGUGUUUAAAGAGACAGGAUGGCACAAGGGAGGUGCAGCAAGGUACCCUGCCUCAUCCUCAGAAAAACAAACCACAGCCUUCAACCAGCAGGUCUACAACCAGGGAAGCUUUGAUCAGUCAGGAGGUGCUUUUACUGGAACGGGGGACUUUGCCCAAUCAGAGUACAGCCAGGUGGGGAAUUAUGGUGGGCCAAUCUCCUACACCAAUUAGUAAUGCCCUCUGCCUCUCUGUAAUCCCCUAACACAGGGGACCUAUUUCUAAGGGCAAAGUUCAACACUGAGCACAAGAGAAAAGGAAAAGAUUAGUUUAACAGAUAAAUUAAAAUGCAUCCUUUAUUUCUGAUUAUAUAAAUAAAUAAAUAAAGGCUUGAUUGUUGAGAAUACUAAUGCAAAUAAAAUAAAAUUAAUCAAAUAAAUUAUAAAAUAAAUGACAGGGAUCUUCAGAUGUAUUGUAUGGUUUUUGAUUUUACCCGUCCAUAAAUUUUACUGAAAUAUCACUGUUUACUGAACAAAGGUUAUUGCAUCCAAUUGUGAAACUCAGUGCAAUAGUUCUUGCAGGGAACUCUGCAAAUCCAUGGUUUCCAUUGAGAUGAUGCAUCUCAAAGACGAGGAAAAAUGAAGAGUUUACAAAAGUGAUAUUAUGUCACUACGACCAAACGUUUUUAGAGACGGUCCAUUUGUUAUCUAAAUAGUAUUUCUGCUCCAUUGGAAACUGAACCGAUUUUUAAAAAGAUUCCUAUUUGUCAAAUUCUCCAUUAGAGGUUUUUUUUAAGUGUGUAGGCGGCCAUAAAGUCAACAUGAAUUGAUGUUUGCAACUUCCAUAUUGUGACAUAUUUGGAGCCAUGACACAUAUGAAAUUGCUAAAACAAUAGCUAUUCAGUCACUGGUUAACACCAUCCACUAUCCAUCGCUACAGGAAAGUUAUUUCAGAGGCAUAACAAAUUAACAUUUUCAUUAAAGUUUACAAAGAUAAACUUUUUUCAAGCUAUUUAAAUUUAUUUUAAAUAACAUUCAAUGUAAGAGCAUGAAUAUACAUUAAGAAAGAUUUCAUGUUGAUUUUUAAAGAAACAGUUUACCCAAAAAUUUUACCCAAAAAUGUACUCAUCUUCAGGUCAUCCAAGAUGUAGAUUAGUUUGUUUUGUUACACCCCCUCCAGGGGGCAAUUACAAGUUUGUUUCUUACAAACACUCCGCUUUUCACUUUCAAAGAUGUUCAUUAAUGGACUAGAGUUAUGUGAAUAACUGGUCAAUUAUCGUGAUGUUUUUAUGAGCUGUUUGGACUCUCAUUCUGAUGGCACCCAUUCACUGCAGGAGAUACAUUGGUGAGCAAGUGAUGGAAUGCUAAAUAUAUCUUUACAUCUUUUCCAAUCAAGGAACAAUCUCAUCUACAUCUUUGAUUCCCUGAGGGUGAGUAAAUUUUCUGAGAUUUUUCAAUUUUGGGUGAACUGUUCCUUUAAGACAUCAUCUAGAGUAGGUGAUGCAGGUUUUUGUAAUUUACAGUAUAUAACAGAGAUUCAUUUGUCAGUAUAAAUGUUAGAUUACUGUUUGUUGGGAUUCUGGAUUUCUCAUCUCCAGAAUAAUGUCAUGCCAGUGCUUGUUGGUUUGGUGUUUGCACUAUUGUGUUUCCAUAUUUACAGUAUAUGACUCUUUAAUGUUUGCGCUGUAUUGAUGAACUGCAUGAAGUUGUGCCAUAUUAACCUUUUUCAAUUUCAGUUUCAGUUUGUAUAUCAUUUCUCUCCCCACUAACAGGGCCAUAUUGUCUGUUCUGUGGCCUUUAUUAUGAUCACAAGGUGAUUGACAUACAAUCAAUACUUAAUUUUCUUACUGUCUUGUGUAUUUUCCUAUUCUUUAUCUGUUCAUUUUAAUACAUGAGGCUUUAUUAACCACAAAGACUAUAAAGCAAGACCAUAAAAAAACAUUCCAAUACAUGUUAAAGUUAUUGUUCUGGUUCCUGUUGCAUUUCAAUGUGAAUUAGUUUCUGUCUUGAUAUUUGCAUUUUUAAUCAGUGGAUGUGAAUGCUUUAAUGUAUUUUGUGCAAAGCCAAUAAAGAUAUUGUCCAUUCCUCUAA